AUGUUUCUCUUUUUCAUUUUGUUUAUUGGUUGUCUUUUCAAAACAAUAUUUGCUUCUUUACGUGUUCCAUAUACUGGUCUCAUUAUAUUUCUUGGUUUUAUAGGUGGUAUUCUCUUCAAUAUUUUUACUAAAAAUGAUACAUUUCUUACUAUAACAACAUCAUCACCUGAUCUACUUGUUGGCAUCUUUCUACCUGCAUUAGUUUUCGAAUCAGUAUAUCGUACAGAGUAUCAUGCAUUCAUGAAAUCACUCUAUUCCAUUCUACUUUUUUCAAUUGUUGGUUACUUUAUAUCAUUAUUUAGUAUUUCUACAUUGAACAAAUAUUUAUUUCUUUUUCAACAAUGGACUUUUCUUCAAUGUUUAAUAUUGGGUAUUAUUCUUAGUCCUACUAGACCUAUAACACUUAUGUGUCAAGCAGAUUAUGGAAAAACAAAACGAUUAAGUAUUAUUCUUGAAGGUGAAGCAGUCAUCAAUAAUAGUCUAGCAAUUAUCUUAUUUAAUGCUAUCAAAAGUUUAGUUAUUAAUAAUCAAUCAUGGCAUACAAUCAAAUUUUUUAAAACAACAGCUAUAGCUAUAAUAGGUGGUAUAGGUUUUGGUGGAAUAGCUGGUAUAUUGGAAAUUAUCUGUUUACCUUAUUUUUAUGAUGAUCCAAUUAGUGAAGUUACCAUAACUACUGCUAUUCCUUAUAUGCUCUAUUGGUUAUGUGAACAAGUAUACUCUUCUGGUAUUAUUGCCAUUGUUGUUCUUGGUCUUAUAUUAUCAAAUCAUAAAACAGCGAUCAGUUCGGAAGCAGCUAGUUUUAUGGAAAAAUUUUGGGAUAUGUUAGCAUUGAUUGGUAAUACAAUUAUUUAUCUUCUCGCAGCAUUAGUAUUCAAAUAUAUUCAUUCUAUUUAA